GUGCUCCCCUCAGCGCUCCCCCGGGCGGUGAGUGCGGGACGGGGCUGGCGGAUCAGCGCGCGGGACACCUACCUCCCCAGCGGAUCAUGCAGCGGCGCCGGCUCGCCCUGCUGGCCUUCUUGGCUUGCCUCCUGCUCGCAGCCCGCGGUGAGGGUGAUGACCUUGGCUUGGAUUUAGCUGAUGCCCUUGAUGUGUCAACUUCAAAGCAACCUGGUAUACCUACCAAAAAGCCACACUCAGAUGAUUUCUCUCUAGAGGAUGCCUUGGGUGGUGGUGAUGAAAGUUUAAGUGAUCCUGAAGGUAAUGGCAAUUCUGGUGGUGACCCAAGGAAACCUCCUCCUGCUCACCCUGGAGGCACUGGCAAUGGUGGUGGAGACUUCAAAGAUACAGACUUGUUGGAUGGCAGGUCUCCACCAGAAACCAGCGGAGGGGAAAGUGACAAAAAAAAGAGCAAUGGAGACACUGAGGCUUCUCAAGGAGUAGUACCAGGAAUCAUAAGUGCUGUGGUCGUGGCAGUAGUUGGAGCAGUGUCUAGCUUCAUUGCAUACCAAAAGAAGAAACUCUGUUUCAAAUCAAGUGGCGAUCAAGAGAAUGUUAACAUGGAGAGUCAUCAAGGAGCUCAAGCAGAACCACCUGUUCAGCGUACUCUUCUGAAGGAAGAUGCAAGAUAAAGUGAAGAUCAAAAAAACUGGAUAGAGAACCUUCAUAUCUUCCUGAAAAAAACCCCAAAUUGUAAACAGCAGGAUUUGGAGUUGCAAAAUUGCAUGAAAAAAAGAUGUUGUCCUGUUGACACAUCUUUGGAAGAAAGAGAGACUAUUUAAAAUACCUGAGUGUAUUUUCUUUGGUUAGCCCUGUGAAGCCCACAGAUAUUUGGCCUUAAUGACAGCUGAAAUACUUUGUGCCUUUUUAAAAUUCUGACCUCUGCCUUUGUGAUUGAUUAGAGUUGUGUGUCUUGGAAAUGUUGUAGAUAUCUUUUUCCUUAUUUCACCAAAAGUCUGUUAAUAUAUCAUUGCUUUGAAACAAUGCUACUAUAGUGCCAUAUUUCUUAGCAUCUUAUACAAGCUGAAUGUACCAAUGAAGGUGGGCUCAUGACUGCUUGAGAAUGAAAAUCUACUAAAUAUUACAUCUUGUGGGCACCUGAAUGCAAAGUAUUGCAUAGGUAGAUGGAUUGUAUGACAUAUAACAUGAUAGUCUUUGUGUACAUGUGUGUGUAUGGGGAUGUUUUGACAAUGAUAUUUUCCACGCACCUAAAUGCUUCAGCAAGCAGGAAGGGAGAUGUCUGUAUUGGUCAACUCUGAGGCAGUAAUGUUUCCUUUGUUGUCUGUCUGGUACAGAUUCUUAGAAAAUCCAAAUUCAUUUCAGCUCCUACAGAUCCCUCCAUCUCUUUUUGUUGUUUUACUUAUCCCAUAAAGCUUAAGCAGAGCUGGUUAAAAACAGGAAAAUCCUGAUUUGCAAAUUGGAAUAGUAAUUUGGUUUCUCUUCUUGUGAAAAUUAUGACUGACUAGCAUUUUCAUUUAUACUCAUUGAAAUCAUGAACAGGUUAUUAAAUCAUUUUUGUAUUUGGAGGACUUGAGUCAUUGUUGGAAGACAGAAACAAUACCCCUACUUCAGUGAUAACUACAUAAUCUGGAUAAAUAAUAGUAACAUUAACAUAGCAAUUAAAAUUAGGAUUUUAGAAAACUACACUCUGUUAUUCAACGAAUCCUUCUAAAUAGGACAUUUGAAGAACUCAAAUGAAUUAAUCAAGAACUUGGAAACAGAAACAAAAUGCCAGAAGCUGAUUCUGCCGUUUACAGCGUUUUGAGACUUCUGCGCUUACGAGCCCUCAAAAGCAUUCCACCCGAGCACAGCCAACUUUUUCCGUGCUGUCUGUCAGAGUAAUGGAGAUUUGUAACUGUUGUUUGUUGCAAGAAACCUAUAGGAGACUUUGAUUCAAGUGAAACAUCUGAAUAAAUAUGUUUUACUUUUUGUGCAGUUUUCCAAAAUACUGUGCCAGUAAUACUGCAUCAAGUACUACGUGACACUUUGAAAUGCAGUACUUCAUGCAGCAAACUGAUGAACCUGCUUUAUAUAAUUUUUAUCAUUUGGAGUAGAACACAUUUCUUUACUACUAAAACUUUGAAAUAUUAGGAGCCUAACCCAUUUCAGAGACCUUCUUGUGCAUACAUGGUAGCAAGUUCGAUAUAGAGCUUUACAUGAAUCUAAUGUUUUAAUUAUGGAAAUCGGUGGGAAACUAGUUUUUCCCUAUUUACUUUUUAGAUAAAUGUAAAAAAAUAUUUUAAGUGCAUCAACAAUGGAAAAUUACUAUUAUGUAGGUGAGAUUCUUAGCCUGUAAAUCUCUAAGCAAAUGAAAUCACUUUGUUUACCUUCAGUAAACUUGUUUCAUAUGUGCAUUGCCAAGUGUUAAUCAAAGUGAAAAAUACCAGUAGCCAUUUUUGGAUUUUUUUUUUUUUAAAGCUUCCAACUAAUUAGUUUUGAAUACUCCUUUAAUUUUGCAAUUUGUCAAAAAAUGAGGUCAUUUAAAAAGUCAGACUAUCAACAAUGUGACUUUUUAAUAAACAAGUCAAAGUAUUGAGUAAAUGGACUCCUCCUUUCUCUUAUUGUGUCUGGCUGUUCCAGGGGAGAGGGGGAUGGAGAAAGGGAGGAACCAAAGUUUGGAGCAAGAGUGGAGGUGAGCACUGUGGUUUGGAGAAGAGAUCUUAUCUCUGCACAGAUAACUGGAUUUUAUUUGUGCUGAAUGUUUUCUUUCUUGGUAGUGUUAGACUGAUCACAGUUGUAGCUGUGAUGGUCCAGAAAUUAUGUGAGAAGCAAAGAUGUUUUGGAGGUAAUCUUAUUGAACUAACUGUAUGUUUGGAAUAAAGUCGGACAAGGUUUUAAAUGCAA